AUGGCUAGGGAUGUUCAAGCGAGACUGGCAUACCUCCAAUGGCAACCCAGCUACACCCAUACACGCCCUUAUCGAAUUGGUGUAUUUGCUGGACGAAGAAAGCGCAACAUCGAUCGCGACAAGACAACGAAUUUAGUCUUUCAUGUGGCCGAUCAUCCUGAGACUAUCCGAGAUAUUAGGGGACUGAGUGAAGCUCCUGCGUUCGAUCUUGACACGAACGGUUUCGUCUACAAGAGAUGCCUCGCACCGACUCUUACAAAGUCUUAUGAGUACUCAGAUCCUCAGAAGGUCAACGAUAUCUUCUUGCCAGAAUGCGAAGCCAUUCUGAAGGAACACGUUAACGGGGCUGGUGAAGUUAUGAUUUUUGAUUGGAAAAUCAGGAAGAAAAAGAGCGCAAAAGAGAAAAGGACAAGGAACCCGAAUUUGCAGGGGUUUGCGCGACAGGUUCAUAUAGACACACUUCUGACUCGAGAUGAGAUUGGGACUCCUUUAAUGGAGCGUAUACGCAAUCAUCUUCCGGAAGAAUCUCAACACCUUCUUUCUGGGCGAGUCCAACUGAUAAUACUCUGGCGACCAAUAAGUGGGCCGAUCGAAGAUCACCCCAUUGCAGUAUGUGAUGGACGAACCUUGGACGCAUCCAAGUUGAUUGAGUCCGAUAUGAUACGCGGGAACUAUACCGGCACUAUGCUCUAUCCACAAUAUCAUUGA